AUGGGUCUGUUCAUUGGCAGCGGCCUGGGAAAGAGCCAGAGGCUGAUCUCCCGUACCAUCGCUACCGAGCUCCCUCUGCUGAAGUGGAGAUGACAGCCUACGUGCUCCUUGCGCACCUGACCACGCAGCCGGCACCUUCACAGGAGGAGCUGUCAUUUGCAUCUCUCAUUGCAAAGUGGAUCAUUGGUCAGCAGAAUCCCAGUGGAGGCUUCUCCUCCACCCAGGACACAGUGGUGGCUCUCCAAGCCCUGUCUCGGUACGGAGCUGUAACCUACGCCAAGAGCGGAGCAGCUUCCAAAGUGACCCUGCGAUCUGGAGGGGACUUCCAGCAAGACUUCCAAGUGGAUCCCACAAACCGGCUGCUGCUGCAGCGCGUGGCCCUGCCCCAGGUGCCAGGGGAGUACAGCACGGAGGUGUCUGGCGAAGGAUGCGUCUACCUGCAGACAAGCCUGCGGUACAAUGUGCAGCCCACGCAGGAGGAUGCACCCUUCAUGCUCCAUGUGUACACGAUCCCAGAGACAUGUGUGGACUCCAAGGCUCACAAGGUCUUUGACAUAGGCAUAAAUGUCAGUUACACUGGGGAGCGCAACAGCUCCAACAUGGUGAUUGUUGAUGUGAAGAUGCUGUCGGGAUUCAUCCCU